CUGGGAUUGGGAAAGGAUGAAAUACCUCUUGGCUCCCUGCACCAAAGUAGUUUCUUUCAGCUUGUCCAGGUCUAUGUCCACAGGGUCAUUGAGUGGAGAUAGAAAUUAUCAUGUCUGAUUCAGUCAUUCUACGCAGUGUUAGAAAAUUUGGAGAGGAGAAUUAUGUUUUUGAAUCACAUGAAUCAGAUAACAAUAAUAAGAAAGCAAGGUCACAAGAUAAGAAGAAAAAUGAACACUUUCAAGUCAGCUUCUUUCAAUUGUUUCGAUUUUCUUCAUCAAGGGACAACUGGCUGAUGUUUGGGGGAAGUUUCUGUGCAUUUAUACAUGGAAUGGCCCAGCCAGGAAUGUUACUUAUUUUUGGCUUGAUGGCAGACAUUUUUAUUGAAUAUGACAUUGAAUUACAAGAGCUUAGCAUCCCCGGCAAGAUAUGUGUGAACAACACCAUAGUGUGGGCCAACAGCUCCCUCAACCACAAUGAGACUAAUGGGACCCGUUGUGGGUUGUUGGAUAUUGAAAAUGAGAUGAUCGUAUUUGCCAGUUACUAUGCUGCAGCUGGUCUUUUGGUUUUCAUCCUGGGAUACCUCCAAAUAUGUCUUUGGGUAAUUGCUGCAGCUCAUCAGAUACAGAAAAUGAGACAAAUUUACUUUAGGAAAGUAAUGAGAAUGGAAAUAGGCUGGUUUGAUUGCAAUUCAGUGGGAGAACUGAAUACCAGAAUCUCAGACGAUAUUAAUAAAAUCAACGAUGCCAUUGCUGAUCAGGUUGCCGUCUUUAUCCAGCGCAUGACCACUUGUGUUUGUGGAUUCCUGUUAGGAUUUUACCAAGGCUGGAAACUGACCUUGGUGAUGAUUUCGGUCAGUCCUCUCCUUGGCGUAGGAGCAACAUUCAUUGGCCUGAGUGUGGCCAAACUCACUGGCAGAGAAUUGAAGGCAUAUGCCAAAGCUGGAUCUGUGGCUGAUGAAGUUCUUUCCUCAAUUAGAACAGUGGCUGCUUUUGGUGGUGAAAAGAAAGAGGUAGAAAGAUAUGAGAAAAAUCUUGUGUUUGCCCAGCGCUGGGGGAUUCGAAAAGGGAUAAUAAUGGGAUUAUUUACUGGAUACAUGUGGUGCAUCAUUUUCAUGAGUUAUUCAUUAGCCUUCUGGUAUGGCUCAAAACUUGUCCUGGAUGAAGGUGAAUAUUCACCAGGAACUCUUCUACAGGUUUUCUUUGGAGUCUUGGUAGGAGCUUUAAACCUUGGUCAGGCAUCACCUUGUCUGGAAGUUUUUGCCGCAGGGCGAGCUGCAGCUGCCAAUAUCUUUGAGACAAUAGACCGGAAACCAAUUAUUGAUUGUUUAUCAGAAGAUGGUUACAAGCUGGAUAGACUGAAGGGUGAAAUUCAAUUCCACAAUGUGACCUUUCAUUAUCCUUCAAGGCCUGAAGUCAAGAUUUUAGAUAACCUCAACAUGGUAAUAAAAUCUGGAGAGACAACAGCUUUUGUAGGAUCCAGUGGAGCUGGGAAAAGCACAGCAAUACAACUGAUUCAGAGAUUCUAUGAUCCCAGUGAAGGCAUGGUGACCCUAGAUGGACAUGAUAUUCGCUCCCUUAAUAUUCAAUGGCUCCGAUCCCAUAUUGGGAUUGUUGAACAAGAACCAGUACUGUUCUCCACCACAAUUGCAGAGAACAUUCGUUAUGGCAGAGAAGAUGCAACCAUGGAAGAUAUCAUUAAAGCUGCCAAAGAAGCCAACAUCUACAACUUUAUCAUGAAUUUGCCACUGAAAUUUGAUACCCUUGUUGGUGAAGGUGGAGGCCAGAUGAGUGGAGGCCAGAAACAAAGGAUUGCUAUUGCCAGAGCACUGAUACGGAACCCUAGGAUCCUGCUUUUGGAUAUGGCCACCUCUGCCCUGGAUAAUGAGAGUGAAGCUAUAGUUCAGGCAGCUCUUGAUAAGGCUCAGUGUGGACGUACCACGAUCACAGUAGCCCAUCGUCUGUCUACUGUCCGAACAGCAGAUACUAUCAUUGGAUUUGAACUUGGAAAGGCUGUGGAGAGGGGUACCCAUGAAGAGCUGCUAAAUAGGAAAGGUGUUUAUUUCACUCUGGUGACUUUGCAAAGUCAAGGAGACCAAAAUUUAAAUGAAAAGACAAUAAGAGGAGAUGAUGUGCGUGAAGAGACCACACUGGAAAGCAAGCAAACUUUCCAAAGGGGGAGUUAUCAGGAUAGUCUACGAGCUUCUCUACGACAACGUUCCAAGUCUCAGAUUUCUAACCUGAUGCAACAGCCUCCAUUACCUGCUUUAGACAAUUUAGCAGCUGCUUAUGACGAAAACAAGGAUGAUGCUUUUGAAGAAAAAGUUGAACCUGCACCAGUUAUGAGGAUUUUGAAGUACAACAUUCCAGAAUGGCCUUACAUGCUGGCAGGUUCCUUUGGAGCAGCUCUGAAUGGUGCAGUCAAUCCCCUCUAUGCUCUUUUAUUCAGUCAGAUUAUUGGGACUUUCUCUCUUCUGGAUGAGGAAGAACAAAGAUCUCAGAUUGAUGGACUAUGCAUCCUCUUCAUACUAUUAGGAAUUAUGUCCUUUUUCACUCAGUUUCUACAGGGAUAUACCUUUGCCAAAUCUGGAGAGCUGCUCACCAAAAGGCUACGUAGACUUGGUUUCCAGGCUAUGUUAGGGCAAGACAUUGGCUGGUUUGAUGACUUGAGGAACAGUCCUGGAGCUCUGACAACAAGACUUGCUACAGAUGCAUCUCAAGUUCAAGGGGCUACUGGAACUCAGAUUGGGAUGAUCGUCAAUUCCUUCUCCAAUGUUGGUGUGGCUCUGAUCAUUUCCUAUAUCUUCAGCUGGAAACUGAGUUUAGUGAUAACAUGCUUCCUUCCCUUCUUAGCUUUAUCAGGAGCCAUUCAAGCUCGGAUGUUAACAGGAUUUGCCUCUUUGGACAAAAAUGCCUUAGAAGUUACUGGCCAGAUUUCUAAUGAAGCUCUCAGUAAUAUCCGCACAGUUGCUGGGAUGGGAAAGGAAAUCCAAUUUAUUGAAGCAUAUGAGAAGGCGCUGGAAAAGCUAUUUAGUACAGCCAUCCGAAAGGCAAAUAUCUUUGGAUUAUGCUUUGGCUUUUCACAGGGCAUAGUAUUUGUAGCCAAUUCAGCCUCUUACAGAUAUGGUGGAUAUCUGGUUCCUCAUGAAGGACUUCAUUUCAGCUAUGUCUUUAGGGUGAUCUCUGCAGUGGUGACCAGUGGAACUGCUCUUGGAAGAGCUUCUUCUUACACUCCAAAUUAUGCUAAGGCUAAAAUAGCCGCAGCACGUUUUUUCCAACUCUUGGACUAUUGCCCCAAAAUCAACGUAUACAGCCAUGCAGGCGAAAAGUGGGACAACUUCAAAGGGAGUGUUGAUUUUAUUGAUUGUAAGUUUACAUAUCCAUCCCGACCCAAUAUACAAAUUUUGAAUGGCUUCUCAGUGUCGGUUAAACCUGGGCAGACCCUUGCACUUGUUGGAAGUAGUGGCUGUGGCAAAAGUACCUGUGUUCAGCUGCUGGAAAGGUUCUAUGACCCUACCAAUGGAAAAGUGAUAAUAGAUGGACACGACAGCAAACGUGUUAAUGUCCAGUUCCUUCGAUCUAAAAUUGGAAUUGUAUCUCAGGAGCCUAUAUUAUUUGCCUGCAGCAUUGCUGACAACAUUAGAUAUGGAGAUAAUACUAAGGAUGUUCCAAUGGAGAGUGUCAUUAAUGCAGCAAAGAAAGCUCAACUACAUGAAUUUGUCAUGUCACUUCCAGAGAAAUAUGAAACUAAUGUUGGAGCUCAGGGUUCCCAGCUCUCUCGGGGUCAAAAGCAACGUAUUGCUAUAGCUCGUGCUAUCCUUCGAGAUCCUAAGAUAUUGUUAUUAGAUGAGGCAACUUCUGCCUUAGAUACAGAAAGUGAAAAGACGGUGCAAGCAGCCUUGGAUAAAGCCAGAGAGGGACGGACAUGUAUUGUCAUUGCCCAUCGCCUGUCCACCAUUCAGAAUUCGGAUAUCAUAGCUGUUGUGUCACAAGGUGUGGUGAUAGAAAAAGGAACUCACAGUGAACUGAUGGCCCAAAAAGGAGUAUAUUACAAACUAGUCACCACAGGAGCACCCAUUAGUUGACUUUCUUCAAGAACUUUGUACGUCUGAAAUAUAGGUUGUUUCUCAACAACUAUCAUACAAGUCUUUUGAAAAGAAACCACAAAGAUCACUGAAUCACAAAAUCUGAGAGUUGGAAGAGAUGUUAGUGGCCUUCUGUUCCAACCCAUGCACAAAAGGAAUCAUUCUUCUCUUCUCAAAACUAAAUAUUCCCAACUCCUUCAAUCAAUCCUCUUAUGAUGGUAUGAAGCAAAAAAAAAAAAAAAGAAAAAAAGGUUAUAUCAAAUAUAUGCAUACAUAUGUAUGCAUGUGUAUAUACACACAUAUGUACACAUACAUAUUCCAAUCAUGAAGGCUCCAACCUAUAGAUUUAAAGUGUAGAAAUAGUAUUUAUCUGAAUGAUUGCUUCUCAACCUCUACCUAACUGUGCACCGUCAGUGGAGGUUUUGUUAUCACUACACAGAAAGAUAUUUGAAAAAGUUCAUGCCUUUAGAGAAUCUGUGGUUUAAGAAAUGGAAGGAAGGAAGGAACUGUGAAAAGUAGGAAUAACCUAGAGAAAUUAUAGCAGAGUUAGCUUGCUGUGUAAGGUCAGCCUGCCUAUGUGGUGACUGAUCAAAGUUGGUGUCCUCCACACUGCCAGAAUAUUUUCCCUUUUCUACAUGACAUUACAUGAAAUUCCACCAAUCACUAGUUUGUCCAAGUCUUCUUUACCAAAGAUGUAGUUAUCCUUAGGAGAUUCAGGGGUCCAUCAAACUUGGACUGAUAUACUUAAAUUCAAACAGAGUACUUUCCUAUCCACACCUAUUCAAAAUUACUUUCUCUGAGAAAAUUGAAGCACUAACUGCAUGGUCCAAAGGAAAGACUAUUAUCUCUAGAAUUAGAGAACCUGGGUUCAAAUCUUGAUUCAUGCUCACUAUCUAUGUCAUCUUAGGCAAGUCACCUAAGCUCCUAAAACCUCACUUUUCUCAUUUGCUCAAUGAUUUAUGAGGUCUCUUCUAGAUCUAAAUCUGCUGCUGUGGUUGAGAGGAAAAUAAAUUAAGUAAUUAUGAAUAAUAGAGCUCUUGGAAUGAGGUGGGAAGAGAACAGAUUUGGGUAGGCUAUUUGGACAGGCAAAUUUGAGAAUAGGAACACUGUAUGGAAGAAAAGAUGUACAAAAAAACGAAGUAGAGUUAUCAAAGGAAAAAAAAUCUCAUCUAUUUCAAAAUGUCUUCUGGAGUUCUUAUGAUUAAGAAAGGAAUAGGAAACUCCUUAUGUCCUUGUACUUGGUCAAAUGCCAAAUUCAUGGUAGUGUUCUUGGUUUUAAAGUUCUUUGACAUAUGGGCUAAAUAGACUUCAGUGAGUAGGCAUAUAUUAUUUAUAGUAUUUUUUCUUUAGGGAAAUGUGUUCCAAAUGCCAAGCCUCCAAAUUCCAAAUAAAGUUUUGGAAUGCAACGGUAUGUUUAGGACUUAGCCUAACAUUAUUUGAAAGACCUCUAGUGACCAGUUUCUGCCCUCCAUAUAUCUUUCACCCUUCUAUCUAUACAAGACCUCAACCUCCCACUCUCCCCACCCCCUUCCUUUCCCUCACAACCCCAGUCAGAUUCUACCAACUCCACAAAGUCUUCUCUAUCUCCCCAGAUUUCUUAUAGUACUUUUCCUAGACCUCUCUUUUGCAUUUAUGUUUAUCCUUGUUUCCCAAUUUUUUGUGCAGAUAUCUUUUCUUCUAUUAAAUUGUUAGCUCCUUGAGAGUAGAUGCUAUAUCAUCUCUACUUUUAUAUCUCCAGGGCUUUACAGAUGGUAGGUGCUUUAUAAAAAUUUUAAAAGGUAAUUGUAUAGAAGAUUGUGUUUAGCUCAAUGUAUGAUAAAAAAGAAAAGAAGCUAGUCCUGUGACAAUAUAGAAGUGAACACAACACAGGAUUCAAAUGAAGAGACACUAUAUAGCAUCCAUAGAGUGCUUACCACAGUUCCUUUGAAACACAGCUGGAUAGGUCCUAUGAAAGAUGCCUUAGGAAUAAUAGUAACUAACUAAUUCCAUUAGGCUCAAUGCUUUCUCAUCAUUAGAGUAAUUUCUCUCAUUCUCUACAAAGGUAAGACAAUAAUAUACCUGGUGCUUUUGGUUCUAUGCAUUUGAUACUCCCCAAGUACUAUGAAGUUUGGACUGGGAAUGGGGAAGGAGGGGAGGAGGAAAAGGAGCAUAAAAGGAGUGCCAGGAUUAACUGACAUUCUAAUUCCAAGAAGCUGAGACAUCAUCACUGGAGUCGAAA